UUCUCUCCCUCUCCAACCAAACCAACCAAAACAAUGAAGCUCAUCAACAACCUCAAACCCAACUUCCUCAAAUCCUCCAAAAAAAACAAAACCCAAAAAACCCACAAAACCCCCUCCAUUAAAUCCACCUCCUCCUCUUCUUCUUCCUCCUCCUCCUCCUCCGACCUCGAACGGGUCCUCCGCUGCCUCGGGCCCUACCCGCCAUCCGACGACGAGAUCCUUGCUCUCGGGUCUAUGAGUAUCGACGACAUCCUCACCCUCGGAUCGUCUGGUAUUGAACCUGAAGCCGAACUGAGAGAAACUUUUCGGGUUUUUGAUGUCGAUGGAGACGGGAAGAUAUCGGCGGAGGAGCUGAUGGGUUUGUUUGGGAUGCUUGGGGAGGAGGAAUGUGGGAUUGAGGAGUGCAGGACGAUGAUUGAGAGGGUUGAUUUUGAUGGGGAUGGGUUUGUUUGCUUUGAGGAUUUUGUGAGGAUGAUGGGGAUGCAGAGAUGAGGUUGUGGUGUAAUUAUUAAUGAUGGAGAUCUAGUGGUUUGUUGAGUUCCUCUUCCCAAGUUUGUUUGGUGAUUCGAAAGUGCUUAGCGCAUGCAUGCUGAGAUGACUGUUUGAUCCAUGACAGUUGAAAUCUCCAAAUGCUGUCUCGUAUUGUUCAUGUAUGAAUCAGAAUGAUCCGCUCGCAUAUCAGUUGUUCUAGUAGGAUUUGUAUUUCUGAUGCGAUCGGUUAUGUUUUUUUUUCCCCCUGGAGGUGCAUAUCAUAUCAGAAUAUUUGAAUCACGGGGGUUAAAGGGCAAUAUAUGUUUUUAUGCAUGACUUAGAACAAGCCCCUUCUCAUAAAAGAGGCGUUUUGUUAAGAUUUGAGAAUAUAUUGUUGUUUCUGAGAGAUGGGUA